AUGUCCGAUCGUUCUAGCCGAGCGCAGUUGAGUGUACCUGCUUCCCGUCUAAUCAAGCGCAGUGCUUCCGCAUCUCCCAUUCCGUCCGGGAAACCACAGACCACCAGCACUUUCAAGCGCAGUCCGGUCGUUACACGGUCCAGUCCGAAGCCAGCAGCAUCAGUCAAUAUGUCUCUGUCCGAUUUCAUCGCUGCUGCGGAUAGGCUCAUAAAAUUCGAAGCCCGCAUCGACGGUCCCGGAGAUUCUAACGCCACUCAUGCGGCUCAGCUCCGGGCCUUCGAGAUCCGCCGAGACCGUGUCAAGGCAUUAUGGGAUGAUGCUGAGCAGCAGUAUAAGGUCUGUGCCAGAGCAUUGAGCCAAGGGGCGAGCAGUGGCGAAGUUGAAGCCAUGGAGGCCAAGUUCGACAACUGUUACUCUGUCUACGAGCGGUGUACGACCCAUCUGGGUGUACAGAUCGAUGCACUUUCCGUAUCGAGUACACCACCCGCUCCUAUGUCCGCUCCUUUCGCCUCGUCUGGAGGCUGUCGUCUACCACCCGUUGAUACGGAAGUGUUCCAUGGCGACUACUUGCGCUGGCCAACAUUCCGUGAUCUUUUUACUGCCAUUUAUAUUCAGAAUCCGCGCCUAACUCCGGUGGAAAAGUUAUUCCACCUCAACUCAAAGACAGCAGAUGAUGCAAAUGCCUUAGUCGCCGAGUGCCCGCUCACGAAUGACGGCUUUGCAUCAGCUUGGGACGCCUUGUGUGACCGGUACGAGAACAAGCGACUGUUAGUGAACAGCCAGCUUAAGAUCCUUCUCAACCUCCCCAAAGUCACCAAGGAAUCAGGCGCGGCUCUCAGAGAAUUGCAUGGCAACAUUCAUCGGUGUGUCACUGCCAUCGCGCAAGCCCAAAUCUCUACGGAGAACUGGGAUUGUAUCCUUGUGUUCUUGUGCACUUCCAAGUUACCUGAACACACUCGAUCUCUCUGGGAGCAUUCUUUAACACGAAAAUCAGACAUCCCAGCCUGGAAAGACGUAAGUCUCUUCAUUAGCGAGCAUGCUCGCGCGCUUGAGGCUAUGGAAGGUGAUAGGUCUCUCCCGAAAGUCCCAGGUUCAGACCCGAAAUCCACGGUCAGCAACUCUCACAAAAAAGUCCAUGCCUUCGAGUCACAAGUCCACUCCAAAUCAAAAAAGUGCGACUUGUGUGCUAAAGAGAACCAUCCGGUUCGUCUGUGUCCUCGCUUCAUCCAAAUGUCUUUGGCAGCGCGCGAGACAUACAUAAAGCGAAGGCAACUUUGCCUGAACUGCUUUGCUCAAGGUCACCAACUGCGCGACUGCACUAGCAUACACAAUUGCGCCAAGUGCAAGGGGAGGCACAAUACACUGCUUCACCGUGAAGGCUCCACAGCAACCAGCUCCUCGUCCGGAGCCGCUGUGACUCCAGGUACGUCCGAAGUACCUUGUAAUGUGCAGUCGUAUUUCACGGCCGAUACUCCAGGGGUCCUGCUGGGUACGGCUGUAAUUGAUGUAUGUCACUUGGGGGUCACAUAUCCAGCCAGGGCUUUAAUUGACUCGGGGUCCGAAGCGACGUUCAUUUCCGAACGAUUAUUCCGUCUGAUGAAGCUACCUUUCCGAUCCGUGCAAACGCAGGUGUCCGGUCUAGGCCACUCUGUGGCAGCAAAAUCAACGAAGCUUUGUGACUUCCACAUCGGCACUCCACUGAAACCUCGACUUCGAAUUGAGGCCUCAGCCUUGGUCAUCCCACGACUCUCCGGCAAUCUGCCAUCGUACCCCAUUCCGCAACAGCUCUUAAACAAUCUGCCCGACAUCCCAUUAGCUGAUCCACUCUUCUUCAAGAGCGCUCAAAUUGACGUUCUUUUAGGCGCGGAUAUCCUUCCAGCGGAUCACUAA